AUAUGAAGGAAUGACAGAGAAGUUAUUGAAAUUAAUAGAAAUUCUGAAAUUACGAAAAUUCUGAUCCAGAUUGAUGGCACUAUACAAUUGAAUUCGAAUGUUCAACCUAUAAAACUAGCAAACUCAGAACCAAAAGCUGGAACAAUAGUGACUGUAACUGGCUGGGGCGCACUUAAGCAAGGUGGACCAACUUCAACACAUUUGAUGAAAGUAUCGCUUCCCAUAGUGAGCAGAUCCGAAUGUCAAAAUGCUUAUAAGAAUUACAACACAAUCACAAACAGAAUGAUAUGUGCCGGUUACACCCAAGGCGGAAAGGAUUCUUGUCAAGGUGAUUCUGGUGGUCCUAUGGUGGCUGGAGGAAUUCUCUAUGGCAUCGUGUCAUGGGGUUAUAAAUGUGCUCAGCCAAAGUAUCCUGGCGUUUAUACGAACGUGGCUAAUUUACGAUCUUGGAUUAAGAAUAAUAGCGGAGUAUAAAAAA